AUGCUUGGUAGACUUGCAAAGAGCUCUUUAAGAAGCUUUACUACCCAUCACGCCUGGACGCCUUCAAGGUACUCCUUCCCCUCAGCCCAUGCUUUUGAAGUGACUCCUGAAACAACAGAGCUAUUCGUAAGAAGAGUCAUUAAAUGUAUAAGAGAACGCCUGGUGACUUACGACCCCGAAAGAUGGAGAGGAGUUGAGAUCACUUAUAAUUCUCACUGGAACCAUGGCGGAUAUGUUGACAUUCCUACCUGUAUUCAGGUUCAUGAAGCGUUAGAAAAGGAGUUUAAGGUGGAAAUAUUGGAUCAAAGAAUUUUGGUUACUGAUGUAAGCACUGCAUGUGCUCUCGUUGCAGGAAUUGAACACCUUAGAUAA